CGUCUCGCUGGCCGGGCGGAGGGCGGGCCUGGCGGAGCCAUGGCGGCCGUGCGGGGCCUGCGGAUCUCGGUGAAGGCGGAGGCGACGGCGACAACGGCGGAGCCUCGCGGCCCGGAGCCUGAGCCUAUGGAAGUGGAAGAGGGCGAGCUGGAGACCAUCCCUGUGAGGCGCUCGCUCCGGGAGCUCAUUCCGGACACUAGCAGGAGAUAUGAAAAUAAAGCUGGAAGUUUCAUUACUGGAAUAGAUGUAACAUCCAAGGAAGCAAUUGAGAAAAAGGAACAAAGAGCAAAACGCUUUCAUUUUCGAGCUGAAGUGAAUCUUGCCCAAAGGAAUGUGGCACUGGAUCGGGACAUGAUGAAGAAAGCAAUUCCUAAAGUGAGACUGGACACAAUUUACAUUUGUGGGGUGGAUGAGAUGAGUACACAGGACAUCUUUGCCUAUUUCAAAGAGUAUCCUCCUGCUCACAUCGAGUGGUUAGAUGAUACAUCAUGUAACGUGGUCUGGCUUGAUGAAGUAACAGCAACACGGGCUCUAAUAAAUAUGAGUUCCUUGCCUGAUCAGGAGAAAACAAAAAGCAGAGAAAACAACGAAGAGAAGACAGCUGAAAAACCCAAGAAAGAAAAACAGGACGAAAGUUCUGAUGAUGAGACUGAAGAAGGCGAGGUUGAGGAUGACAAUCAAAGUGAUGUUGAGUUGGAUGCCCUCUCCCAGGUAGAAGAGGAUUCUCUCCUGCGUAAUGAUCUUCGCCCUGCCAAUAAACUGGCUAAAGGAAACAAGCUAUUCAUGAGAUUUGCUACUAAAGAUGACAAAAAAGAGCUGGGGGCUGCAAGGCGAAGCCAGUAUUACAUGAAAUACGGCAAUCCGAAUUACGGAGGCAUGAAGGGGAUUCUUAGCAAUUCUUGGAAACGAAGAUACCAUUCACGUAGAAUCCACCGGGAUGUGAUAAAGAAAAGGACACUUAUUGGGGAUGACGUUGGCUUGACAGCUCCUUAUAAACAUCGUCAUUCAGGCUUAAUAAAUGUUCCUGAAGAGCCUAUUGAGGAGGAGGAAGAGGAGGAGGAAGAUCAGGAUAUGGAUGAAGAUGACAGAGUUGUGGUAGAGUACCGUGAUGAACUGCAGGCUUUCAAACAGGCCCGAGACCGCAGUGCAGCAAGACGAUCGAGCGCCAGUGCGUCUGAUUCCGAUGAAAUGGACUAUGAUCUUGAACUGAAAAUGAUAUCAACGCCCUCUCCCAAAAAGAGCAUGAAAAUGACAAUGUAUGCAGAUGAGGUGGAAUCACAACUGAAAAAUAUUAGGAAUUCCAUGCGAGCAGACAGCAUAGCAACCAGUAACAUCAAAAAUCGGAUCGGCAGCAAAGGGUCAUCAGAGAAAGUUGCAGAUGUGAGACUACUGUUAGAAGAAAAACGUCAGAAUAAUACUGGGCCGCGCCAGCCAAACAGCACUGUAAAAUCAGAUGUGCGGCAAAGACUGGGAAAAAGACCACAUUCUCCAGAAGUUAAACCUCCGAGUAGUACCUCUGCUCCUCGUCGAGAACCGAUAUCAGACGUACACAGCCGGUUAGGGAUCCCCAAACAAGAUGUAAAAGGCCUCUACUCUGACACCAGAGAGAAGAAAUCAGGUAAUUUAUGGACCCGAUUAGGGUCUGCCCCGAAGACACAAGAAAAGACUUCAGAUAAACCUGAAAACUCUGUGGCUUCUCCAGAGGAAGAGGAUUCAGAGCUCCAGCGGGUUUGGGGUGCUCUCAUUAAGGAAAAAGAACAGUCUCGGCAAAAAAAGAGCCGAUUGGAUAAUUUACCAUCUCUACAGAUUGAAAUCAGUCGAGAAAGCAGUUCUGGGUCAGACACUGAAUCCUGAUUAUUUUUAUGUUCUCAUCUUCAAGAUUAUGACUCUGCAGUGUGGCAAGAUUUCCUUUGCCCAAAAGCUGGACACUGGCAAAGACUCUGCAGUGAAGGUUCCAGAAGUGUCUCUGUUCCUUUUAUACAAAAAUAGAGAUGCAUUUACCACUUGAAACCUAAAGCAGUCGCGUUUGUCCGGAGUCUGUGGUUGGCCCUGUGUUACGUAGGGCAUUGUCAUAUAUGUUUAUUAUGGCAAACCUGUAGUUAAUUCUAGCAAAACACUUUUCCCCAAGCUUGGAACUUAAGAGGCAGAAAUGCUCUGUAUUUUUAAGACGACCUUUUUUGUUCUUAAUAUUUUUAACAUGGAGCCUUUUAACAAAAUAUUUCACACAGUUCAUCCAAAGAACAGGGCAUUUCAUAAUCAACAUCAUUGCCUUGCCCUUCUGGCUCUUACCAGCACCUUUCCUUUCCUCUUGAAGUAAUAACAGUAAUGCUUCCUGGGUAGGCAGCCGGCAAGGAUAAAGCAUGAAGGGACUGUGACCUUCCCUUCCUCCAAAAUACUGAAUGUAAAUCUAAGUUGAACGUUUUAGUACAGUGAAAUUUCACGUAGUAUCCAUUACUUCUGUCCAGGAAUUCAGCUCAUUUUCUUUUGGUGAUGCUCUGUUCUGCUGUAGUAGGGAUUGAGAUGUUCAAGACUGCAAAGUUGGAUGGUUGAGAACUGUAUAAAUUCCCAAAGGGUUUGUGGUUUUUUGGUUGGUUUUUUUUUUUUUUGUUACAUGAUGAGAAAUUAUAUUUCUUUUGUUUUAUCUGUAUUAUGUUUUGAAGAAAUCUAACAAUUUAAAAACACACACUUUUAUAUUUGUGAGAAUUUUCCUGUUGGCCACGGUGAAAGCUAUAGUGGUGUUUUCCAAUGUGCUGUUUAACUAUAUAUAUAUAUAACUAAAAGAGAAAAGGAAAACUAUAGGAUCACUGUCUCUUGUCAAUAUUUUUGAAUGUUCUUACUGUGUAGUAUGUGUGGAUGUGCACAUGGUUGACGUGUUACACUCGGCUUUUUUGACCUGUGUAUCCUCUCUAGGUAGGAAAAAGGUUUGAUGGGUGUACACCUGCCAUUUCUUCCUGUUGCCUGUGGCAUUUAUUUCAAUUACCAAGAAUUAAAUACGGAAUAAUGCUACCACAUCACAUUCUGGCAAAACAGAAUAAGUAGCAAAACCAUCGUCUGCUAUGUUUUGAUAGUCUGAAAAUUUGUUUUCCUAGGUUCUGUCAGUCCAAAAUGUCUAUGAAAAUCUCUUCCCCUUUCUGCUCUUUAACAAAAAAUGCUUUAUCGUUUUUUUUCCCCCAUUUUUGUACUAAGUUGAAGUAGGUUUGAGGCUUCACAAAAGCAAGGAAUCUGCAGUUAACUUUUCUUACUGCUUUAUUAUGUGUAAGAACAGCAGCAUGUAAAAUUAAAGGUAAAAUGAAAGGUACAGUGAGUGGAAGGGUAAUCUGGGGAUUGACUGGGCUUCAAGCCUUAUUUCCUUGUUUUGUGACCCUCAUCCUUGAUUUUAUAUUUAAUUAUUGAAUAUAUAAAUAUGUCUCAUAAAAGUACUGUUGAGACUAAAGGACUGCAAUGUCUCAUCACUGUAAUAAUUCAUUUUAACAUGUGUUUUCAUUAAUAUAACCCUUCCAAACACUUUCAAAUAGAACCGUACCCAUUUCUCAACAUCCUGAUAAGAUUUAUUUAACCGGUGUCUUUUUGCCAGUAAACCUUUGUGCUGUACCACUGCUUCAGAUCCGUUAUGACCUUUCUUUUUCCUGAAAGGAGAUGGUAGAUACGACCCGUCCACUCGCUCUAUGAGGACGGGCUUCUGCACGGUCAUGAACCCUGGUGUGUUUUUAAGCUCCACAGCUAGAUGUGCUCUGCUCUUAAUGUUGCUGAAAACCACCCUGUUUCCAUGUAAAUCCUCAUCACUUGAGCCUGGUGAAGGACAGACCAACUGGUUUGAAGGGCAGAAGGGGAACAGAGAAUCUCUUCAGCUGAUACAAAAGAUCUGAACUGAUGGGGGUGUGAAAUCAAGAAAAGCGACGUUGGCAAAGGCUUGUGUUGGAGGAAGAGGAGCCAUUAACACGGGUUCUGUCUUCCAGGUAGUCGUAAUUACACCUUGCAAAUGCCUCCGUGUCACUCGGGUCUGUCGUGUUUAUGGUUUGAAGGGAGGGUUAUGUGUGUUCAUGAGACCAGGGCAGCUUAGCUGCAAGAAAAAUAGAGGUUUACUCUUGAAGAGCCCCAUAGAGAGGUUGGGUUUUGUGUUUAUAAUUGAGUGUUUGCCUGGUUUUGCGUUUCGAUGAUGUAUGGAGAAGCCUUGAGAAGGGUUUGCUGGAAUUCUAGCUUUGGUCUUCCUCAGUUACCUGAACUGCUGGGUUUUGAUAAUUAAAAAUGAGCACUGAA